UAAUUAUAAUAAAAAUUAGAGUCAAAAAACUUAAACAUCUGGAGGCAUAAAGAGAAAUUUUUUUUGGAUCACAGUAAUGAGGAUUUAUGGAAAUGAUUAUCAUUGUGCGGCUCCCUCUGCUGGUCAAAGGUGUGAUCCGGAGGAACAUGCCCUCACAUAUCCCUGCGAUCAUGACUCACUUCAGCCCUUAAAUACAGAGCCACUGAAUGCAGUCUGACAGAGUUCAGAGACUGUAAUCAUGUGUUUUCUGAUGCAGCUUGAGGUGAUGGCGAUGCACAAGCGGAUCCUGUGGGCUCUCGGGAACGGCGCGGCGCGGCGGACCCUCUUCGGUCCGGUGGAUCGCGAGCAGCUCCAGCUGGAGUACCGCGAUGCUCUGAGGAGAGACCUAGAGGAGGCGUCUCGCCGCUGGGGCUUCGACUUCGCCACUGAGACGCCUCUUGUGGGCGGAGACUUCCAGUGGGAGGGCGUGUCUGGGGUCAAGGUGCCCGUCUUGUACCGCGCCGGUCAGGAGGAGCAUCCGUCGAGGUCCGGCGUGGGGAAAGAGAACGUCCCCAGAACCCCGAAGAGAUACAGCGUUCUCCCGCAGAACGUGGAGAAAACGCCAGAAAAGAGGACCGAGCUGAAGAGGAAACAGACCAAUAUCACAGAUUUCUACCUGGCGAAGAAGAGAGGGGUGGCUACACCCCACAAAUCAGGACAAUAACUCAAACACACACACACACACUCAGGAACGCUAGUGUGUCUCGUCUGGACUCUUGUCCUCACAGGAGGAACACUGUUUUUCUACGCCGUCAUCUACCUUCAUCUCUCAAGAACUCAAAACAAUCAUUCAUAGCAUUUUUCCGUUGUGCCGUUUGGUCCGGACCGAAUGCAAGAAACACGCAACAGACUGUUCCAGAACUUAUUUUCCAUCUUCCAUCAUGUUUUUUGAAUGUUAUUCACUAAUAGGACAUUGCUUCUCUGUCAUUUCCUCUUCCUGUUUAUGUUUGCAUGUCAAUGGUUAACAUUUAUACAAUUUUCCGUUAAAGAAAAUGCGUUAAAAUCCCUUUAAAUCGACUGUGGAGGGGGAUAAAAGAUUCUGGAAAGAUUUCAGAAUUUGUCUCUCAGCAGGACCACAAAAUUAUUACGAAAGAAUUUCAUUACGAACAAUACGACUGAUUUUUCAGUGUCCAUGUGUACAAAUGUAUUGCUUUAUUGCACAAUACUUGUAGCUAGGGCUGUGC